GUGCAGGUUAGGUUAUUGUUUACAGUCAAAUUUUGAAUGUUUAAAAUUUUUCUUUUUGAUAUAAAUUAAUUUUAGAAUGGAAGGUUUAACGGCAGCAAUUCCUGCGGUCGACCCUUCCAAAAAUCUAUCUUCUCAAGAAUUUCAGGAUUUACUAACGUCAUGGUUUGAGCAAAAAGGCAUCCUUUCAGAAUUGAGGACAAACCUGAGAUAUAAAAUGAUUAAUAUACUGAAAAACACCACCAUAGGUCGGGAUAUUAUAAGAAAAUCACCUCCCAGUUCGAUGAGUUUAUCAAAACAAGCUGUAAAUUUAAUUGUAGCGGAAUUUCUAAUGAGAAAUCACUGUGAUUAUUCCCUUUCUUUAUUUAAUACUGAAGCCGGUUUGUCUACAUCGUUUUCUGAUAACAUAGUGAACGAAAACAAUAAGUUGAUAAGUCUACAGUUUGAUAGAGAAAAUAUUUUAAAUAUUUUGGAAUUGAUUGGGGUACAUAAAACCUCUGAUAUAUGUCAGGAAAUUCUUAAUAUAUACUACAAAAACUGUGUCAAUAUAUCAUUACUUUCGGCUCUUAUCACAGUAUUGAGCAAAUCCGUGCCAGAAAAUGUUCAAGCAAAGAAAGAGAUCAAUUUAGAUUUAUCAACAGAAGUAGACUUCAUAAAAAACAUCGGAGCACUACUUAUAAAAUCCAAUAUGCCUACCAAUAACAUAAUACCUAUCAUAGAAAACAUUAAGUGCCUUUAUAAAGUAGAAAUCCACAAUAUAGAAGAUAAUUACACCAAGAUAUUAACAAAACUAAAGAGCCAUGUAAAUGUCAAAGACAAACGGACUAAAGAGAUACAAAAACAGAACGAGAUGCUGGAACUAAAGAUUCUCCAGCUUAUAGAAAAGCAAAACGAACUGAGAACACAGGCGAAACGGGCCGUGAAGGAAAAAUUAUCCAAAGAAAAGGAACUGCUUAAAACUAAACGAGAUUUUAAAGAAGACAAGACUGUACCUGAAGCUAUUGGAGAAAGAGACUCAAAGACAGAGUGUGCCAUUCAACAUUGUAGUGAGAGUUGUCGAGAAAAUAGUAAAUUAAUAGGAAAAUUACAGAAGGAAAACACAGAACUAAGUAGGAAGAACCAAACUUGUUUAGAAGAAAUAAACGACUGGAAAAAUAAAUAUAACAAAUUAUUAUUAGACUUUUCCAUGUUUCACACUAAAAUAAGUUCUCUAAAUUGUAAUGGAAGUGUCGAAAUUCCCAUUUCUUCAAUAAAUUUGAAUCCAAAGAUGAUUGAUUCAAUAAUUGGCAAUGAAAAAAAUAAUUCAAAAUCCGUUGAAAGUACCGACAGUUCAACAGACGAAAUCAUUCGCGAUGCCCGCAAGAAGAUAAAAGUACUGGAAGAAGAAAGCCAAGAAAUGGAAGAAAUAUUUAAAAAGAGCCAGACAAAAAAGAAAUUGUUUACGACAAAGGACCAAAGAUGGGAUCUCAAUAGUUGUUGAUAAAUUUUGACUGUGUUAAAGAAAGAUAUCAUGAACUGAAAGUAUUUAUAAUAGUUAUGUACUGCCAAGGAAGUUCUGAUUUAAAAUUUUCAUGUUAUAUUUUCAAAAUAAAUUGUUGAACUUU